AUGGAUGAUGAUUUGCCAUCUGGUAAUAACCAAGCUUCAGAGGCCAGCUCUCCGGCUCUAGCUUCCCACAAGGGCCAGAGCCGAGACCGAAGCACUGAAGAUAUUAGCAGUAUCUUAGUUCACAAGGUUAACAAGCGAUUCCGAUCUGCCAGCGGCAGUCGAAAGGAGCGUGUCCGAUCUCCUCCUUUCGAGGCUCUCUACGAGAGCAUUCCCAUGCCUCGACAGAUGAAGUCCCCUCCACCAGUGUCAUUCAGCCCAGACGCUUUGCGCUCAUCCACUGAUUCGCGUAACAAGGACUUUUCAACAGGUUUGGACCGAAAUGAGAUGGUCUAG